AGAUCAGUCAUUGGCAUUGACACAACAAGAGCAUUUUAAUAUUCUUUACAUCAACUUUCUCUCCUCUCUUCUCUUGUCUUGAGGCUUGUUUCCAUAAAUAUAAUCAAUCAUGGCCAACUUUGAAGACCCUUGGGCAAAGCAUCACGCCUGGCGCAACAGCACCAUCUUCACACGCUCUGCUCGCAUCCGCACCAUGUUUCCCGGCCUCGGAAUCGCCUCGGUUGCAUUUGCCGCAUAUCUCGGAUACGAGUACAUUACCGCACCCAAGGCUGAUGCCCAUCACCACCAACACGGCGAGACUCACCACUAAAUUCAGGGAACCAUCAAGAUGGCUUUGUCAGGAUGCGGGAAAGAAGUGAACUAGAGGCGUAUCAAAAAAGACGUAAUGCUUUUACCCGUAUGAGUAGAAAAAAAUAAUAAUAAUAAACAAGG